CUCUAUGACAUUGCACUUACAUUUACUUAUUCCCCCAAAGACAAAGUCUGGAGCUGUUACCCAAAGGAUUGGAAACCAUUUAGUUCCCACUGCUACUUCACUUCGAAUGACUCAGCAUCUUGGAGAGAGAGUGAGAAGAAGUGCUCCAGCAUGGGCGCUCAACUGAUGGUGAUCCACAGCCAGAAAGAACAGGAUUUCAUCACCAAGAUCCUGGAUUCUCAAGCUGCUUAUUAUAUCGGGCUUUCGGAUCCAGGUCACCGACAGUGGCGAUGGGUUGACCAGACACCAUACAAUGAGAGUGCCACGUGAGUCCAGAGUUACCUAGAGGAGUCCUGGGUCCUGUAGCAUGAGAAGACUUUAGGGUGUUCCAGCUGUUGGUUAUGAAACUAAAACAGCUCAUUCCUGGUGUGAGUGCUGGGGAUGGAGUUACUUUAUCCCCAUUUCCUCAUCAAGGAGUCCUGUGUGACACAUGUCACUGAUACUCUAGG